GAUUAUUAAUCAUGUGGCUGCCGUGCGACUCCUUUUGCUAAAUUGAACUCUCUUGAACGACAAAACGCGAAAGCUUCUUCCUUCUUCCUCUCUAUUAGGAAAGCAACCAAUUAUUAGCAAUCCCUGUCUCUCGUUCGGGAUCCAUUAAUCGAUCUGCACUUUCAAUGUUGCAGCAAAAUUUAUCUGCCAAUUAAUGGAAGAUUGUGUUAGUUAGGGUUUCUUUUUAAGGAAUAUCCUUGGUUUUGUGUUCCUUAUGUUAUAAUUUUGAUUAUUUAUUUAUUUAUUAUAACAUUGGAAGCCGGAGAUUUUUGAAAUAUGGCUACGAGUUUCGAUCGGUGGGAGAAGGAUCCUUAUUUCCCUGCAGCCGAGGAAGUCCAGGAAUCCGCCGACAGGAUGGAAUCAACAUAUCGAACUUGGAUUCAUGCGAAGAAAGAUAAUUCAUUAUCUUGGGACUAUGAGCAACUACACAGGGACCUGCAUACUGCACUUGGCACUACCAAAUGGCAGUUAGAGGAGUUUGCAAGGGCUGUGCGCUCAAGUUAUGUUAAUCAAUUGAGUGAUGAUGCAAGGGACAGGCAUCGUGAAUUUAUUGUUGCCAUUGAUGAUCAGAUCUCAAGAAUUGAGAAUUCACUACAGGAAGCAACAUUGUGUCAAGGCAAGGCAUCAAUGCCGUGGGUGUCUUUGGAUGAUGGUGAAUGCGAUGAACUUGCCCUGUUUUUGUCUGGACAAUCUCCAUCCGAAGAGAAAAUUUCUUUAAAAAUUCACGAGAAGAACAGUGAACUGCCUCGACAAAAAGAUAAAGAAUCAGCUGUUGAUCAUUCAAAGAAUUCUAGCAAUCAAGUUGAGUGGAGUUCCUUGGAAGUCAGUGAGGGAAAGUGUGAUGGGCAUAGGAGGACAGCUAGUGCUAGUGCUGAUAUUGGUGCUUGGAAGAUUGCAAUUUCUGAUGAUGGUUACCUGCAGAAUCCUACCAACGGGCAUUGUCAACAACCCCCACGAAAGACACCCAGUUUUGCUGGAUUCUUAAAUUCCAUGGAAUUUGCAACCAAUUUAAAGUGGCCAAAGAGUAAUGUUAGGAAAUGGAAGGCAAUGGAUCGCCAACCAGAAAAAGAUACCACAUUACUACAACCUACACAGCCAACUAAGCAGGUCAUUAAUUCAUGUUAUGAAAAAAGUAAGAGUUGCUUGGAUUGUGAUGAUUGUUAUGAUAAACAACUUUAUGGCUGGUAUGGAGCUAUCCAGAGACAGCUUCAAAGGUCUCAGUAUCAGAUGCAAUAUAGUCGGCCUCUUCAAGUUACAAUUUGGAUUCUUCUUUUCCUUUGCUUGAUUGGUGAGCUUUCCUUAAACCGGAUUUGAUUUAGUGUCUCUCAUAAAUGCUCAUUUCAGGACCUAGCAUUGACAUGUAAUCCACCAGAAUCUUAAUUUUGAUAAAAGAAAUUAAUUUGUAGUAUUUAUGGUAACAAUUGAGAAAUAUGGGUAAUUUUGUAAAAAAAAAUAUGGGAAGAUGGAAGUAGAGAAACAGAAGAGAAAGAAAAGGAAAUUAGAGAAAGAAGGGAAGAUUCUGGAAGAGAGAGAAAAGAGGGAGUUCAGGGGGAGAGAGAAGAGAGUUCGAGAGAGAGGGAUGGUUUAGGGAGAGAAAUAGACUGUAGAGAGAUAAAGAGAUGCGGCCGAGAGAGAGGAUGAUCGAGAGAGGAGAGAGAGUGAGAUAAAGAGUUUAGAGAGAGAAAGAUAAUAAACUGAGAUUUUAUUUCCAAAGAUUACAUACCCGAGUUUGUGAUACAAUCCAUUAUUAUAUACAUGAAUCAGUAUGAAAAUCUUCAUUUGCAUUGUUAAACGCUGCCUGUUCGGGCAAGGGACGAGUUGGCUGGAGAGAGAAAAUCUGAAAUGCUUGCGUCCUUCACCGCAUGGAGAAGAAAUGGUUCACCGGUUCAGGAAUCGGUCAGACAUUUAAAUACUCCUCUGAAUGUGACACAUGUUGCUUCUUUUUCCUCUGAUUUGCCAUGUGGCCUGGUUUAAUUUCGGGCGGAAGUACACGCCGCUGACCCAUGUACCCUUAUGGGGCGUGAUCCAGUGCACUCAGCUCCAUUUUCCUCUAACUGCUCCCGGUUUUUUGAUUUCCAGCAUCCGGUUCCACUUUCUUCUCUGAGCACGUUUCUUCUUUCUUGCUCAUUUCCGGUGCUUCCUUGCUCAUUUUUGGGUGUAUGCACCCUGUUCUUAGCAGCUCACUCCAAGAUAUAUGCACUUUUAUCUCAUAUAUGGAGUCUUAGUUGGUGAUGUGCAUUAUGCUAAACAAUAUGAUGCGUGUAGAAUGUUCAUCUGUUAUGAUCAACUUAGUUUUAUAAGCAAUUAAAAAGAUAAUCAAUGCUUUCUAACGAUUGGUUUGAAAUGCUUCUUAUCUCGUGUUAUUUGUGCACCUACAAUAAAAAUGUGUGAAGUUGUUUGGUGUGGUGACCAAUUGGUUUAGUAAGGUGUUAAAUGUGUGUCAGGAGUGUCGGACAUCAACUCAAACAGGAGGAGAGAGAGAGAAGAAAGUAGACCAGAAGUUGUAGGAGAGAUAAAGAGUUUUAAGAAGUAGGAAGUAAGAAACAAGAAUAUCUCUGGAAUUAUUGGAUGCUCGAUGCAAGGAUAUUACCUAUUUAUAUAGUGGAUUGGAAGUAUAUCCUAGUAUACUCUGUCAUCCUAAUAACAGCCAUAGAUUCUUUAGCAUCUUAAUGGUGCACAUGUGCUAUUAUUAACUAGUCACCUACUAACAUCAGCUUGCUUGCAUCAGCUUUCACCUUAAAUAAACCGUAAGUGGCUUGUUGCAAGUGUUGGUGCUGACAAUACUCUCCCUCAAGCAGCAAUCUUUGUCCCCUAGGUUGAGAUGUGGAAAUUGUUUAGAGAGAUAUCCCGAUCUUCCCAAGUGCAAUCAUCCAAGUCUGUCCCCACCAACUGAACCAGCACUUGAUCCACUUCAUUUCCACUGUGAAGAAUUUUUCUCCUUUGCAAAAUAUUGUUUGGAGUUACCACCACCAUUCCUUAUGUGUACAUGUUCGGUCAUCAAAAUAUGUGUGUACCAGGGUUAUACUUCUUUAUUGUGAUUUGUGGAAGAUGGGAUGAAUUUGGACAAUCUUGAGUUACUUAAGCUUUUAACCAACCCCUCCAAUUUUUUGCAGAACCUCAAAUAGUCCACAAAAGCGAGGAGAAAGCUUUGUGGUGUGCCCUUUCCUUGUUGAACUUUGUCUGAAUGGUUGCAGCUUAAGAAGCACUAACUCAUGCUCGCUAAAGUGCCUUUUCACUCCGAUUUUUGUAUGCAAACUGCUUAACCUGCUGCUGUGCUUGCAACAGUUGAUGGCGGAUAGCCUGGCUCAUCUGCUGUCUUUCCUGUAUUAGGUCUUCCAUCUAUGGAUAUAAAGAGUGAAAGUCCACCAUAUCUAAGAAAUGUGGUGGAGCAAAGCCAUGCAGUGCCUGAAAAGGAGUCAUCUUCAGGCCAGUGUGAUAAGCCAUACGCCUUAGGUACAUUUCGAGGCAUUGAUUCAAGGACUUGCUCUUGCCAUCUGUUUGUGGAUGGUAGGCAAAGCUAUAGUGUAAAGUUGUACCCAACAAUUUCAUCAAUUAUCUCCACAAAAGACUCGUAAAAAUCUUAUCCAUCUCUGAUGCCAAUAUCUUAGGAACUCCAUGAAGGCAAUGUACUCCCAAAUAUUUUCUGGCCACCCCUUGAGCAAAGAAGGGAUGUUUAAGAGACAUGAAGUGUUCAUAUGUUGUAAACUGGUCUACCACCAGCAGUAUAAUAUCCUUCCCCCCUAACUUAGGCAAUUGUUCUAUGAAGUCUGGGGAUACGUGUGUCCAGGCUGUGAAAAAAUAGUGAGUGGCUGCAAUAGGUUCAGUGUAGGCAUCUCUUUUUGUUUUACAAUGUUGACAUAUUUCAGAGUGUUGGAUCCAGUCCUUAAUUUUCUGUUUAACACCCGACCGAUAGAAGUGUUACUUAAGGCGUUCAUGCCUUAACCCCUGAGUGUCCGUCAACAGCCGAGUUAUGACAUUGCUUCUGAAUUCUUAAAGGUUUGUGCCUGAACUGAUCACCAACCAGCCUUUAUAUCUUAGUAUGCCAUUCUGCAAACAAAAAGAGGGCCUGGUGGUGGGGACCAGAAACAGUUCCUGCAUUGGUGCAUGAAGGGAUCUCCCGUGUAACUGUCCCAAACUUCACUCAACCCUGCAGGGGAUGUAAUUGUUAUGAUAGGUUGCAACUCAGGUGCUUCCCCUUCCUCGAGUCGUCUAGACAAAGAAAAUCAAUCCAAGCCUAAUAACUGCGAGACUCCCUCCUGUUUUGCCAUUGAUACCACUCUCUACUCCAAGAAAAUUUUUAAACUACGUUGAUCUGUUUUAAUCACGAAGGUGACUCCUUUCAGGUAGUGCUGCCACUUAGCCACAACAUACAAUAUUUCCAUCAAUUCUUUUUCAUAGACCGACUUGGUCUGGUUGGGACAUUCAGGGCUUUGUUAAUAGAAAUAAUUGGCCUGCUUUCCUGCAUUAGCACAGCAGUUCUGCUUGUAUCAAUUUCCAUCGUGACAGGCUUUAGGAAAAUCAGGGAGCCUCAGGACUGGAGUAGGUACCUUGGCUUUCUUAGAAUUCUGAAAUGCGUUGGCCACUUCUUGAUUCCAGCCAAAGACAUUCUUUUUGAGCAAAUCAGUAAGAGGCUUGCUAGUUUGGCCAUAAUGACGAAUGAACUUGCAGUAAUAUCUCGUAAGUCCAAGGAACCCCCUUAAAGCUUUAAGUGUUGUUGGCUGCGGCCACUUAACCAUGGCUUCUAUCCUUUGCAGGUCUGUUCUAACUCCUUGGAAGGAAAUUAGAUGACCCAAAUAUUCAAUCUCCUUUUUUAAGAAGGCACAUUUGGAUUUUUUGGCAAAUAAAUUAUUGAUGUCAGCACUGAUAACACUUGCUCCAGUUGUUCAAAAUGCUCCUCUUCGGUGACAUUAUAGAAGAGUAUGUCAUUGAAGAAUACGAGUACGAGCUUGGCGUAGGUACUCUUGGAAAAUAUGAUUCAUCGGGUGCGGAAAGCCAUUUUAUGGAUGUCGGCUUCUCUCACUCGUAUCAGAUAAUACCCGACUCUCAGGUCUAUAUUAGAAAAGACUGAAGGUCCGUUUAUUUCAUCCAACAAAUCGUCUAUGAUGGGGAUUAGAAACUUAUCUUUAACCAUGGUGGAAUUUAAUUCACGGUUAUCUAUGCAAAAUCUCCAGGUCCCAUCUUUUUUCAUGACCAGUAACAAUGGUGAAGAAAACAGAUUGAUGCUCGGCUGGAUUAUUGAUUCCUUCAGCAUUUUCUUCACCUGCGCUUCAAUCUCUUUUUUCAAGAAGUAAGUAUAUUGGUAGGGCCUGAUAUUCGCUAGAGAGCUGCUUUCUACCUGCUUAAUUGUAUGAUCAAAGGCCCUAGGAGGUGGCAUACCUUCUAGCUCCCCAGACGCAUCUUGGUUUUUAUCCAUAAUAGCCUGCAGUUGCUCACUUCCAGGCUUCCUCAUCAAUCUCUAUUCGGUUGUGGCUUCAUGCCCAAGACACAAAAUACCACACUCUCAUCCACUUGAUGCUCAUGUCUGACUAACUUUUUUACACAGUCAUUCAACAAUGGCAGAGUAGGCCCAUGAAGGUGUUUUUUUCCAGUGAAAUACUGGCUUCAGGCCAUUUCAAUUAUCGGCUGUUCCUGGAAGGGUGCCUGUUCAAAGGCCUGUUUCAAGGUUUGAGGCUUCAAUAACCAAAUCGUUGGUUGCAAUCCUGCCUUCAAGCCAUUGAUGAAGCUGGAUAUAAAGUACUUUUCCGUGGAGUUAUUAGCCACCAUUAUCUCCCCCAGGUGUUCGAAUUGCUCUUAAUACUCUAUUACCAUUCCCAUGUGAACCAAUUUGUUCAUUCCUCAAUAAAAUUUUUUCUGUCAGCUCCUCCAAACCGCCUGCAUAUCUUUCCAUGAAUGUAUCCCACUCUAGAUUCUCAUUCUUAGCCAACCAUCCCUAUUAUCGGAAAUCAACAAUUUCUUUCAGGAAUAGAGAAGCGUUUCAACUCUUUGCUCAUUUGAAGUAUUAUUCACAAAAAAAUACCUAAUACACCUUCUUAUCCACGCUUGGGGAUUUACACCCUGAAAUACCGGAAUUUCAACCUUUGAUAACGAAGGUGUGGAACUUGGAGUCAUCACACGACCAGUCUGCCUGCUGCCUCCAACCUCUCACGCCACUGAAGUAGGUAAUAGUCCUUUCUCGGAAGAAAGAACCGCUGAUUUAAAACUAACUUGAGUAUUGGAGUCUGACAUGCGCGAACUUUCGUGCAACAUUUCGACAGUCUGAUCAAAUUCCUUGAUGAACUUGCUUCUGUGUUUCAUACACCUCGGUUAUGAAUUAUGUAACUGCUGGUCAACUUCCUUGAUGGACUCUUCCAAUUGUUGAAUCUUUUGCUGUAGUGCAUGACUGCUUUUAUCUUUGACUGUGUCAUUGCACUUGUUGAUUCCUGCGUCUCUUCGGAAUUGAGCUGGCUAUGACACCACUUUGUUAAGAACUUCGAGCAUCAACUUUGACAGAAGGAGAGAGAGAAGAAAGUAGAAUAGUUUUGUAGGAGAGAGAGAGUUUUAGAGAAGUGGGAAGUAAGAAACAAGAAUAUUUCUGGAAUUAUUAGAAUGUUCAAUAAUUUCUAAGUACAGAUAAUAAUCCACCUAUUAUAGAGUAGCUCAGAAGUACAUCCUAGUACAGCCUGUCAUCCUAAUAACAGCCAUAGAUUCCCUAGCAUCCAAAUAGUGCACAUGUGCUAUUAUUAACUAGUCACCUGCUAACAUCAGCGUGCUUACAUCAGCCUGUGCCUCCAAUAAACCCCAAUUGAAUUGUUUCUAGUGUUACGCUGAAAUCUGUUAUAAAUCUGAACUUCGAAAUCUGUAUCCAUUUACUGAUCCAGAUUUAAUUGCAUGUUUAUCUCGUCUAUAGUACAUCAGCUUCUCGAUUGUGAUUUAGGGCUCAAUAAAUAGUCAAGAUUGAUCUUUAUUUAAUGAUUACUUCUUUCGGUGCAAAUUUCCUUCAAAGUUUGGAGACUUAUGCUGUGUGUAUUUGCUGCAGUUUUAAUUACUCUUUGUGCAAUCUAGAAGGGAGACAGGAUCUUGAUCUUUGGGAUGGAGGGUCUAGUAGGGACUAUUCACUAAUCAGUAAAUGCAAACUGGAUAGAGGGAGAAUAGGAAUUUAUCUUGUUCUCUUUAAUGCGGAACUGCACAGAUGGCUGUGAAUGUAUUGUUCAUUUAUUUUAUCUUUUUGUUUCCCUUCCAAUUUUGGUUGUUCCCAUGAAGGGUGUAUUCUGUUGUAUUGCUAUAAAGCGAAAAGGGACAUUUGGAUUAGAGAUUGAAGCCACGAAUGUUAGUCUUGUCCUAUUGGAUCUUGUAAAAAGCGAAAAGGGACAUUUGGAUUAGAGAUUGAAGCCACGAAUGUUAGUCUUGUCCUAUUGGAUCUUGUAAGUAUCUUUUUUCUUUGUAUAUGCCAUCCAAACUAACUUGUGUAGUUGUAUAGUCUUUGAUGUUUUCACUGUUGUAAUUUUUUUUCCUCUCAUAGUCAAAGCAACUUCAGAAUGUCACUUGGAAUGAACCAAAGAUCAAAACAUUAUACCCGAGCUGCAAAAUAUAAUGGCUGGGCACUUUACUGUA